AGGAGCUUUCUUUAUUGGGGCAGCAGGCGAUAUGUAUUUUCUUUCAUAAAGUUUUUCUUUCAGUCUUUAAUAAGUUUUUCUCAGUGGUGGGUGGUCAUCGUGAAUCCCCUUCUAUGCCAGGGCCGAAGGGUGGUGGAGACAUGGGUGAAGUGUCUGUGAUGCUAGUGUACGACAUUGCAAGUGAAAUCGGGAAGGAAUGCGAAAAGCUGAUUGAUAAGUUUGGCUCAGACGCUGUGGCAUCGCUGAUUCCGCAAGUUAUCAAUGCACUGGAGCUCCUCGAGGCGUUGGCGAAUCGCAAUGAGUCAGAAAAUUCCACGGUGCAGGAGUUAAAUGACCGCAUCACGCAAUUGGAGACGGAGAAGCUCGAGAAAGCGGAGUACAGGAAGCGCUUCGAGAAGGAACUUGAGACCAUUGAGGAGCAAUGGAGGAAUGAGUCGAGUGAUUUAGUUGCUCUUGUAAGUCGUCUCCAGGAUGAAAAUAAGCGCUUGGCGACACAAUUGCGCUCUGGAUGCGACACAGACAGCGGUGUUGACUUUCAAAUGGACUCCGCGGCGGGUCAGAGUGGAGACUUUCAGCUUCUGCAGCAAUUGCGGAGUCAGGUGGAGAAACAACGAAAUGAGCUACUGCGAAAGGAUAUGGAGCUAGAGGAGAAGACGGUGGACAUUGAUGGACUCAAUGUGCAAAUUGAGCGUCUCAAAACUUCGGGCAGAGAGACGCGGCGACGACUAAAAGUGGUGCAGCUGCAAGUACGAUCUCUCUGUGAGGAACGUGCGGACUUCCUGGCUCAGCUACAGGAUCAACAUCGGGAAAUUGUAGCACUGAGGCGGAGAUUGGGGCUGGCGGAGAAGGAGAAUGAGGAUUUGGUGAAGACACAAGAGGAAGAACCUCUAAAGCGCUACACUACGACUGAAUUGAAAGAGCUCAUGGCCGAGAGGGAUGAUCUACGGGCGAGAAUUAAUGAUCUCGAAGAAGAACUUAAACUCUACAGGCCGAGUUCGGUGGAAUCUGACCCCACUGGGAGUGUGACACCCUCAGAGGAGGAUCCACCCGUCCAGGGGCCACUUCCAUUUGAACCCGAUGAUGCACCGUGGAAGAAAUCAAGUGAAUCGGGGAUAAGAAAAUUUUUUCGCAAAUUGUUCUCUGAUCCUGAUGAUCCUUCUGCGAGCUUUCCUCGGCGCUCUCUAUCCACAUUGUCGAAGAUGGCACUGUCAGCAGGACCUCACUGUGACAUUCCCUUCUAAUUGCAUCCAAUGGUUCAGCACCACAAUUUAACAACAGCCAACGAGAUUCUUCCUUCAACUUCCUUUUCGACUCUCUAUUCUUCGCACACUCUCUGAUCGUCCCAGCACCAACUAUACUUCCUGUGAGAGCAAGAUUUUUCUUCCAUAUAAUAUCCUUUACAAAAAAAACUCAUUAUUAUCAUCUAUUAGGGUCCACUGCUCUCAUAUCAAUUGAGAAUUUCUUCUUUUUUUUUCUUUUCAACAAUUCGAUAUAAAAUCUCGAUUUUUUUUGUCAAUUAUCUCCAUUUUUCUCUGCCUUAUUUUUCUUAUUUCCGACCUUUUUGUAAAGAAUAAUUUAUUUUCAAUCCCCCCUUUUAUUUCCCUUUCCCCUCACCAGACAAAGGUACCCAACAAUUCAAUGUUACUUGUCUAUUUAUAUUCCAAUAUAAUUACAACAUUAGUGAUAUUAUACAAAAGAAGAGAAAUUAAAAGAAAAAUUUAAAUUCUAGAGGAAGAA